AUGGAGAAGGAAGAGACUGAUGACCCGUUGAGAAAACUGCUCGAUCAUGGCAGCAGCUUCAUUUCCCGUUAUUACUCCCACUAUGAGGAAUCCGCUCCCAUUUUAGAAGGAUGCGGAGAGCCUCUCGUCGAGCUACUGGUACGACAGGCUCGGUUGAUGAGCAUGGCAACACCCGACCACGACCUGAUCAAACGACGGUUGGACGACAUCCUAUCCGCGUCCUACAAUAAGUUUUAUGCUUACUUGUAUAAAGACCUGCCGCCAUGUUGGAGGCUUCUGUAUACCGAGGCUGCUAUCCUCAAGUUCUGGGUUCUGGUGUUUGAGUGGGCGCGGAGUCGGCAGCCGGAACUGAUCCGGAAAAGGGUUUGGGACAAAAUGGAGUGGGAGGACUUUGAGCUUGACACUCCGGCGCGAAGGGAGGAAGUUCAUGAGAUGAAGGCACGUUUUGAGAAGCAGCCAAAGGGAACACCGCCACGGAACCUGGGUUCGGCAGUGUGGCAUCAGCUAAUGCAGCUCUCCAUGCGGACGGAAGUAGGAGGUGUGCAUGUUCGGCGGAGCCGGGAGGCGAGCAGUCGAAUUCGGGAGAGACUGCAGGAAUGGCAACGACGGAAUGAGCAAGAAGACGGCCAACAGGGGCCAGAGCAACAGCAACAAAAACGGGAGCGAGAGGAGGAACUUCUCAAUGAUAUGGUCAAAACCUUGGAUCUUGCCUUGAUCCUGGCCGGCGGUGGAGGAAAACAUGAUGAAAUUCACGGUUAUGUAGCCUUACUGGAGAGGGCGGCAUCCCUGCCCAGCAACGACAACAGUCCGGACAAAAUCAGCUCCAAACCAUCAGAAAGCGAAACCCCUAGGCAGGACCCUUCCCUGGGACGCACACGCACAACAUCACUCACCCAACCACCAACCAAACGAGCAAGGCUAUCACUCCCCCCUCCCACCAACCCCUCAUCAACAAUCGAUGGCUGGCUCCCCCUCAACGCCUCAGGAGAGCUCGUCGGCCCCGUCGCCAUUUCUGAUGUACCUCCUGUCAACACCCAACAACAAACACCAAUGAUAACCCAA